UCCGUUUUCAAUCCGAGCGCUGAAAAUCCGUCGUGAUUUUUUUUUAAAUGUAUUUAUUUAUUUAUUUAUUUAUGCAUCGGCUCGAAACCGACUCCACCGACACUCGGAGUGAAAGUAUUAUUAUUUUUUUUUCGCGGCAUAACAGCGAAGUGAUGGCGUCGUCAAACUAACGGUCUGUGCUGGAGUGAGGAAGGCAGAGAUGAAGGUGGUGCGGCGGAGAGACUCACACAGCCCGUUCUCUGAAAACUCAGACAAUGACUGUGAGGACGAAAGGGGCGCCGAGUGCAGGAAGGUGGACGGAGUUUGUCUGUGUGAGAAGGGACCCUACUGCAAACAGCAUCCUCAAACGGAGAGCAGCCUAAAGUGCAGUGAAUGUGGUAAAAACAGGGCGAUAGUCGCCAGAUACUCUGAAGGCUACGGUACUGAGGAGGAGUGUGUGCAGUCUGAUCCUCAAGGAGAGAGUGAUGCAGAUGCAGACAUAGAGGAUACAGACAGCAGGCUACAGGUGGUGGGUUCUCUUCAGCGAAUCAGCUCUCGCAAACGAAAGCGCCAGCGAAUCGCACGGCAGGACACGACAGAGAGUGAGGAUGACGGAGGGCGGAGCCACCGGACCCACCGCUGGAGCCUGAGGCUGAGUCCCCAUCGCACACACAACAGAACCAUAUUAGAGGAGAGCGUUUCUCAGGUAAGGCCGCUGGUGAUUUGUCGCUGUAACGCGUUAGAAACCCCGGCCGCCUCGGACAACAAGCCCCAAAGAGGAAGAUGGCUGCUGAAAGCUUGGCCUUUCUCCCUCUCUUUCCCUCUGUUCUUUCUCCUCAUCCUUCUUCCUGUCUCCAUAUCUAUCAUAAUUGUGUUCUUUUCAUUCCUGCUCCCACUUACUAACACCUGACACCCUCUGCACCCCGCACGUUACGUAAUCAUUUUUAUUGUAUGGUAUUAAGUGUGCUCAGUGUUAUUAGAAGGUAUUGCACUAAAAUCUUGGAACUAAAGUGUUCUGCCUAACAGGUCAUCCGAGUUGUCACCACAUUGUCUUUGAGUGAUACACGUUAGUGGAUAUUAGUUAUAUUAGUUAUUUAAACUCUUAUGUAAAAAUUUACAAACGUCUGCAUUUUUAGUAUGUUUCCUUUAGGGUUUUUUGAAGAAGACUAAUAAAUUAUGUCCUUUAUUGUCAGACAGAAUGCUGUAAUUCACUGUUCCCUUCCAGUAUGUACUGUAACAUUUAGUAAAUAAUUAUGAUUUAACCCUUAGAAGUUGAGAGUCAUAACUUUCGCACUAUAGGAGGGAGCGGGGCACAACCUAAAACUGUUUUUUGCUAAAUAAUUGAUGAAAUCUUUUAGCAAGAUCAAUAAUUUUCCUUAAAGGUAACCUAAACGUCUCUGCUACAAAUGAAAAUGUGAACUUAGUAGAGUGCAGAUGUCACAACUUGCCCCGUAGGCAGGGUUAAUUGUAAUUAAUUGUAACAUUCACGAGACAAGUCUGGCAAAUUGAUGUAACACAAUCAAAACGGCCCUAUGUUGUUUGAACCAGGCAAACUUUCCAACCUAAAUAUAUCGCUGCUUUCGGGAGAAAACCUUGUAUCUCCAUUUUUGCCGUUUUUCAGCUUUUAACAUAAUUUAAAGAAGCCUGUCGUCCUUUACAUUGUGUAUAAAUUUCA